UUCUACCUCCAGCUCUGAGAGGAGUGGGGUCUAGUGGGCUAGAGGGGGGCUGGGAGCAGGACUCCUGGGUUCUACCCCCAGCUCUGAGUUGGGUAGGAAGAGCAGGAUCUCGAUUUGAUCGUGGAAUUAGGACUCCUGCGGCCAUGGACUGAAUGUGCCUGGGCUGUGGGUGCGUCCCAGGGGUGCUAGCGCUGACCUGUCUCUCCCCAUGCAGAUGUGAGCAUGGAGACCCUCCGCAAACUGAUCCAGGAUGCCAGCAUCCAGCAGCAGGGCAACAUCAUCCGCAGCAUGGGGCUCCUGGGCACCUCCCUCACACCUGGGAGCAAGCAGCUGCAACCCGAGAGGAAGGUGCGGCUGGAGUCCACAUAUCCACUCUCCCGCUGGACCCCCAGGCUCAAGGACAUCAUGGAAGUACCCAGCCAUCUGCUUCCUGGCUUUGGGGUGGGGGUCACACCUGGCAGGCUGGGCCCAAGGGGGAGGGGUUGGUUUGGGGUCAGCCAUGUGUAGAGCCCUGCAUAUCCA